GUGAAUAAUCGGUCCUUAAAAACACCAACAGCAAUAACAGUUUUCCUGACCUCCAAACUUCGCUCUUAUUGGAUUGAAGAAACAGGAGAAACUCAGUCCUUUUGAAUAGAUUGUGUUCGCGAUGAGGCUUGUAACUGGAGAUGAAUGCGGGUUGCUGAAGGAAGUAAUACCGGAGCUUGGCCGGAAGAAGAAAAAUCCGAAUGCUCUCAUUCAACCUCACAGCGCUAUGAUCGAUGUCACGACAACAGGCAUGUCGAGAGUUGAUCCAAAAGAACCACAGAAACGCGUCCGAGGUGUGGUCGAUAUGGUUUGGAUGGAGGAAGGCGACGAUUUCAACUCUUCCUUCAGUGUUUUGCGAAAAAAUGGAUCGGUGGAUUUAUGGACUUCAAACAUUGAAAAGAAAAAAUCAUUUGGGCAAUACUCCCUACAGCAUUCAACAGCGAACAACAUUUUUGGAACCGAAGACAGUCCUCGUCCCCUGGGGAUCGGAGUAUUUCACGAACAGAAUCGACUCGUUGCCGGAGAUAUGCUGGGGAACAUCGCCGUCUUGGACACUAAGAAUGAGGACAAAUACGACAUAGUCCAGACGUACAAUUCGUAUACUUCGAACAAGGGGGGGAGCACAAUAUCUUAUACACCAGGAAAAAUGGAAAACGUGCAGCUUGCUACUGCUAUUGCGUUUGAUACGGCUCGUGGAAGAGCUGCCCUUGGAGGACGAGAACGAGAGGUGUGUCUCACAGAUAUUUCGACCGGGAAGCUGGUUUUCAAAACAAAAAACACGCCUCCCGAUCCGCAGACCUUGCUUCAGCAACCCGUUUGGCCAACCGCGAUCCAAUUUCUCAACAAGGACUCGAACAUGAUGGCCGUUGGUACAGCGUACAAGCAGGUUCGUAUCUACGACGUUCGAGAGAAUUCCAAGACACGACGACCGACAAGCCUAACUCCGGAAGGAUUGCUGGAUUACCGUGUUACUUGCCUCUGCCAGAUCGAUGAACACGAACUCGUCGUUGGCGAUGCCUCGGGCGACAUUCACACCAUUGAUAUCCGAAAGCUUGACAGGCGAUCCAAGGGGCCCGCGAACAAGAAUUUGGCGAGGUAUGCUGGCCCAGCUGGCUCCGUCCGGCAGCUCAAGAAACACCCUACUCUGCCUCGAUUGACAGCGGUCGGUCUCGAUCGGAUGCUUCGGGUGUACGAUACCAAUACAAGGAAACAACUCGAUUGUGUGUACCUCAAACAGCGAUUGAACUGCGUUUUGGUCCACAAAAACGACAACUGGGCAUCGUCCGACGAUGGCGGAGUUUUCAGCGACGACGACUACGACGCAGACGAUGUCGACAUUGAUCAGGACGACGUGGUUCGAGACUAUGUCGACUCGGACGACUCGGAUAAUGACGAAGGAGAUUCGGAAGUAGACUCGGAAGAAGACAGUGGUGCCGAGGACCGGCCAAACGAUGGCGGAGACAGCAGCGAUGCCGAGGAAGGGAGCUUUGACGAGGAUAGUUCGGAGGAAGAAAUGGGUGACGAAGACGACGGCGACGACUCCGAGGAAUCCGAAUCAGAGGAAGAGGAAGAGCAGCAGUCAAAAAGGAGGAGGCGCAGAUAGUGUACUAGUAGCAACUAUUGAAAAAUAGAGUUUUCAUAUAGGUGCGGAAGAAGACUAACGGUACUAUCCUAGGAUUUCCUUCUGAUAGCAAUAAACCAGAAGUUUGACCUUUUGUUUCCUCUUCAGAGGCCUGUUGAUACUAGCUAUUGUGUUGUACUUAUUAUUGCACGAUCUCACGAAGGAGCCUUCGGUGGAAGUUGUUGUUACAUUAGUUGUUAGUUGCUAGAAAAAGAUCAUGGUACGGUACUUCGUUCGGUACACGGAAACGUGAACGUUUGAGUAGCCGUUCCUGGAUGAUGUCGUCUGUUUCCGUACGGCUUUCACACGUUUCGAGACGGAAAAACUUCGUUUUCUCGGCAGCCUUGAUGGAAACGCAAAGAAUCAUCAAAAACAACAAACGAAGCACCGUCGAAGCAUUUGUUCUGUGAAACGAUACCGUCUUUCUCCGCAACAACGCGGCACCAACAUCCAAGCCUAGUUCAGGCUCGCCGUUUCGCUGCUUUGGGUCUGGUCGACUCAUUGUGCGAACAACACCGACCGGUGCAUUCAAGAUGGCGUUGCACGAGUCGCUCACUGUUUUGAUCCAGGUGCGUCGCGAGCAGGAGUGAGAGAGCGAAUGGUCCGUGCAAUGUUCCCGACCACGGGGUCGCGAUCGCACCCACCGAUUCGCAGUGGAGAUUUCCUAGAGGGAAUCCGGAAUCCGUUCCGUCGUUUGUUCAUCCAUUUGUUUGUUUGUUUGUUUGUUUUUUCGUGUCGUUUCGUUUCGUCCUUUUCUGCCGUGGCAGACGUCACCGAUCCCCUCCCACCCGUCGACGGCACUGCUCGAGGCCUUGUUCCGGUCCUUCGAGAAGGCGGAUGGCCUGCUCGAAUCUCGGAUCGUGAUUUUAGCGGACGGAUGCGAGGCGCUGGGUCACGACGGGGGAAGCGCGACCCCGACCGAAUCCGGCAAACAGGCUACCGAGAACAUCAAGCACGGCAGGUGCUACUCUCGGACGGCCGAGAACUACCUGCGGCACCUGGAGCUGCUGGAGCGAGCCGUUCGGGAGGGAACCCCUCCCUUUUGUCCCCGCGCCGGGGGCAGCAUCGAGCUGGUCCGGCUGGAGUCGAGGCACGGGUCGGCCCCCGCCAUAGAGGCGGCAAUGGCGCGGUGCGUUUCGACGCCGCUCGUGAUGAUCUGCCAGCACGACAACUUUUUUGUCAACGAGGCACCACUACGGGGGGUGGUGGCGGCCCUCCUGGAGGAACCGAGGGGCCUCGGGAUCGAUGCAAACUGCGUCCAUUUCCUGUCGACGGCGACGCUGAAUUACCGGGAAAAGAUCCAGAGGCGGUACAAACUGGACAUCGGAGAGCCCCGGAGGGUAAAAGCCCUGGAGGAUCCCCUGGUCCCGCUCGUCUUCUGGUACGGGAGAUCCCACGUUGCAUACAGCGAUUAUGUUCGGUCGCACUGCCUGAAUCGGGAACUCGCAAGGGGGAGCCACCUCGAAGAAUUGCUCGGAGAGAAGCAGCUGCACGACAUUGUCGAGGUAGGGAUGGAGGCCCACAAAAAGUACGGGACGUAUGUUCUGGACCAGGGGUUUGAGGUAUUGUACCACAUGUCGGGGCGACGGGUGCGGGCGGCCGAUCCGAGCGAUGCCACAGAGAACUUUGGCCAAAAGGAUUCCUCGAUCGAGAACAAGCAACAACAACAACAACAACAACAUAAUCAUCGCCAGCAGCAACAACAACCGCUCGAGGGAUCCUUCACCACCGCUCGAGAAACGAGGGCCAGGGUGCCGGGGCUGGCUUUUUUCGCUCCGGAUGGCGAAGGUGCACCGAGAACCACCGCGCCGGCGAACCGAAAGCCAUUCAAGCAAAGGUGCUUUCACUGCGGAGAAAAGGGCCACAGCAAAAAGUUCUGUCCGAAGCGAGAAGUCUCCUCUCUUCGGAACGACCACGCGCCCGAGAUCAUUGAGCUCUGAGAGGAAUGGGAAGCCACGCACGAUCCUAACCUUCCGACAGGGCUUCCACUGAAGGAAACGUCCGGCGCAAGAGAAUGUAAUAUGGCUUUUGGUCGGACGAAGGAUUUUAGUGUG